CUUCCUUCCGAAAUAGACUCACUCCUCCCUCUUCUUCAAUCUCAAAACAGAGAGGUGGAGAGAGAAAAAAGAAAAUUUCCAAGAAUUUUUGCAGAGGAAAAUUCGUUCAUGUAAUUCAACUACUCCUCUCCACCAAACACAGCAAACAAACAAUUUAGCUUCAACUUAUUUUUUCUACAAUCUCCUGACCAGACCAAAAGAUGGAGAAGACGGGAAGGAGUUCAAGUCGGCGAGCGAGCCAUCUGGUGAGCAACAGCAUAAGCCGGAGCAUGAGCCGAGCAACCUGGAGCAUGGAGGAAAUGUUUGCGAGCGCCAAGCACUCUCGGCGGACGAGCCGAAUCGACGAAGACGAAGAGGCUUUGAAAUGGGCGGCGCUGGAGAAACUUCCGACAUACGAUCGGCUGAGAACAGGAAUCAUGAAAUCAUUUGUCGACCACGAGAUUCUGGGAAACAAAAUUGUUCAUAAAGAAGUUGAUGUCACAAAACUCGACAUGAACGAUCGACAAAACUUCAUCGACAUGCUCUUCAGAGUUGCCGAGGAAGAUAACGAGAAGUUCCUUCAGAAGUUCAGAAACAGAAUCGAUAAGGUGGGAAUUCGGCUACCAACAGUAGAAGUUCGGUUUGAGCAUCUAAACAUCGAAGCCGACUGUUUCGUAGGCAGUCGAGCUCUCCCGACAAUUCCAAAUGCUGCAAGGAACAUUGCAGAAUCGGCUCUGGGUAUACUGGGGAUUAGAUUGGCCAAGCGCACGAAGCUCAGCAUCCUUAAAGACGUCUCCGGCAUUAUAAAACCGUCGAGGAUGACGCUUUUGUUAGGUCCACCAUCUUCUGGGAAAACAACUCUUUUGCUGGCAUUGGCUGGAAAAUUGGACAAAAGUCUAAAGGUUAAUGGAGAAAUUAGUUACAAUGGGUAUAAGCUGAAUGAGUUUGUGCCAAGAAAAACGUCUGCAUAUAUUAGCCAAAAUGAUGUUCAUGUUGGAGAAAUGACUGUCAAAGAAACCCUAGAUUUCUCGGCUCGGUGCCAAGGAGUUGGUUCUCGAUAUGAACUCCUGAGUGAGCUCGCAAGAAGAGAAAAGGAUGCUGGAAUUCUCCCAGAAGCAGAACUAGAUCUAUUCAUGAAGGCUACAGCAAUGAAAGGAGUAGAGAGCAGUCUUAUCACCGAUUACACUCUCAAAAUUUUGGGGCUUGACAUUUGCAAGGACACAAUUGUGGGAGAUGAAAUGCAAAGAGGGAUAUCAGGAGGUCAAAAGAAGAGAGUAACAACAGGAGAGAUGAUCGUGGGACCCACGAAGACUCUGUACAUGGAUGAGAUAUCAACGGGUCUAGAUAGCUCCACCACAUUUCAAAUUGUAAAAUGUUUGCAGCAGAUUGUGCAUCUCACUGAAGCCACAAUCUUGAUGUCCCUGCUACAGCCUGCACCCGAGACGUUUGAUCUGUUUGAUGAUAUCAUACUGUUAUCGGAGGGUCAGAUUGUGUACCAGGGCCCACGCGAACACAUCCUUCAGUUUUUCGAGAGUUGUGGCUUUAAAUGUCCGGAGAGAAAAGGAACCGCUGAUUUCUUACAAGAGGUUACCUCAAAGAAGGACCAGGAGCAAUACUGGGCAGACAGGAGCAGACCGUACAGAUACAUUUCAGUGCCUGAAUUUGUAGAGAGGUUUAAGAGUUUUCACGUUGGAAUAAGGCUGGAAAACCAGUUAUCAGUUCCUUAUGACAAGCCCCAAGGCCAUAGGGCAGCCCUUGUCUUCAACAAAUAUUCUGUUCCAAAAAUGGAAUUGCUCAGAGCUUGCUGGGACAAAGAAUGGUUACUGAUCAAGCGUAACUCAUUUGUUUAUGUCUUCAAGACUGUUCAGCUUAUUAUUGUAGCCGCCAUUGGAGCUACAGUCUUCAUAAAACCUAGAAUGCGUACAAGGAAUGAAAAUGAUGGAGCCUUGUUCAUUGGUGCUCUCUUGUUCACUAUGGUGAUUAACAUGUUUAAUGGGUUUUCUGAGCUAGCCCUUAUGAUUACAAGGCUCCCAGUUUUUUACAAGCAGAGAGAUCUUAUGUUUCAUCCUCCUUGGGCUUUUACUCUUCCAACUUUCUUGCUUAGAAUACCUAUUUCGGUUUUGGAAUCUGUUGUUUGGAUGAUCAUGACUUAUUUCUCAAUGGGAUUUACCCCUGAACCCAGCAGGUUUUUUAAGCAAUUUCUGCUUGUCUUCUUGAUCCAACAAAUGGCCGCUGGACUCUUUAGGCUCAUUGCCGGAGUUUGCAGAACAAUGAUUAUUGCCAACACUGGUGGUGCUUUAACUCUUCUCCUUAUUUUCAUGCUUGGAGGUUUCAUCCUUCCUCAGGGUCAAAUUCCAGUAUGGUGGAGCUGGGCUUACUGGGUAUCUCCCCUCACAUAUGCUUUCAAUUCCUUGAGUGUUACAGAACUGCUUGCUCCGAGAUGGUUGAACAAAAAGGCUUCGGACGGUACUACCAGUUUGGGAGUAGCAGUGCUCAAGAACUUUGACAUAUUCCCCGAUAAAAACUGGUUUUGGAUUGGUGUACUAGCACUUAUUGGAUUUGUUGUCCUCUUCAAUGUACUCUUCACCUUGGCUCUCAUGUAUCUAGCACCUCCUGGGAAGUCACAAGCCAUAAUUUCUGAAGAAACAGCAGAGGAGAUGGAAACUAACCGAGCAGGUUCUACUGAGGAACAAAGACUAAAAGCGACAAAAUCAACGAAUGAUCCAGUUUUCCGAUCUCCAGAUGCAAACAAUUCGAGAGAAAUGGCAGUAAUGACCAGUCAGUCUAGUCCCAAUGCAAUAAGUGGAAGUGAUUCAGCAUUCGACACUGUUAAAGGUGUUGCGCCCAAGAGAGGGAUGGUUCUUCCAUUCACUCCUCUCGCAAUGUCCUUCGAUACAGUGAACUACUAUGUGGACAUGCCUCCGGAAAUGAAGGAACAGGGAGUAGCAGAAGACAGACUCCAAUUACUUCGGGAAGUAACAGGUGCAUUUAGGCCUGGGGUUUUGACUGCGCUGAUGGGAGUCAGUGGAGCCGGAAAGACAACAUUGAUGGAUGUGUUAGCAGGAAGAAAGACUGGUGGAUACAUUGAAGGGGAUAUCAGAAUCUCAGGAUAUUGCAAGAACCAGGAGACCUUUGCAAGAAUUUCUGGCUACUGUGAACAAAAUGAUAUCCACUCACCCCAAGUCACUGUUAGAGAAUCCUUGAUCUACUCCGCUUUCCUGCGGCUCCCUAAAGAAGUUAGCAAACGGGAAAAGAUGAUUUUUGUGGAUCAAGUGAUGGAAUUGGUUGAGUUGGAUAAUCUGAAGGACGCUAUAGUUGGCCUUCCUGGAGUUACAGGGUUGUCAACAGAACAAAGAAAGCGGUUGACAAUUGCAGUAGAGCUUGUUGCUAAUCCUUCCAUCAUUUUCAUGGAUGAGCCAACAUCAGGUCUUGAUGCAAGAGCAGCUGCUAUUGUUAUGAGGACAGUGAGGAACACCGUGGACACGGGUAGAACUGUUGUCUGCACAAUUCAUCAACCUAGCAUUGAUAUCUUCGAAGCCUUUGAUGAGUUGUUGCUGAUGAAGAGAGGUGGACAGGUGAUCUAUGCAGGACAAUUGGGUCAAAAUUCUCACAAGAUCAUUGAAUAUUUUGAGGCAAUUCCGGGAGUCCCCAAAAUUAAGGAAAAAUACAAUCCAGCAACAUGGAUGUUAGAAGUGAGCUCAGUGGCAGCGGAAGUUCGUCUUGGGAUGGACUUUGCUGAACACUACAAGUCAUCAUCCUUGUAUCAGCGGAACAAGGCUUUGGUAAAAGAAUUGAGCACGCCAGCACCAGGAACACAAGACCUGUAUUUCCCGACUCAGUACUCACAAUCCACAUGGGGGCAGUUCAAAUCCUGCCUCUGGAAGCAAUGGUGGACCUAUUGGAGAAGUCCUGAUUAUAAUCUUGUGAGGUUUUUCUUCACUCUAGCUGCUGCUCUCAUGGUUGGUACAAUUUUCUGGCGGGUUGGCACUAAAAGGACUAGCGUUAGUGAUCUUACCACGAUCAUUGGGGCGAUGUAUUCUGCUGUCUUGUUCGUUGGAGUCAAUAACUGCUCUAGUGUGCAACCAAUCGUAGCCAUAGAGAGGACGGUGUUUUAUCGAGAAAGAGCAGCCGGGAUGUAUUCUGCAUUACCUUAUGCCAUGGCUCAGGUGUUAUGUGAACUACCAUAUGUUUUCAUUCAAACAACCUACUAUACACUUAUUGUGUAUGCCAUGGUCAGCUUUCAAUGGACAGCAGCCAAGUUAUUUGGGUUCUUGUGCGUCACCUUCUUAUAUUUCCUUUACUUCACAUUAUACGGAAAAAUGACCGUCUUUAUCACACCAAACCACCAAGUAACAACCAUCUUUGCUGGAACAUUUUACUCCCUCCUCCAUCCUUUCCCCGGCUUCCUUAUCCCUAGACCGAAAAUUCCCAAAUGGUGGGUUUGGUAUUACUGGAUUUGCCCGGUAGCAUGGACAGUUUACGGAUUGAUUGUUUCACAGUAUGGUGAUGUAGAAGACAAAAUUAAAGUACCAGGGAUGGCUGAUCAAUCCAUUAAAUGGUUCAUUGAGAAUCAUUUUGGGUAUGAUCCAAACUUCAUGGGACCAGUUGCUGCAGUCUUGGUUGCUUUCACAGUGUUCUUUGCUUUCUUGUUUGCCUACUGCAUAAAGACAAUGAACUUCCAAAUACGAUAGAAAAGGAUAUAUAUAUGUAUACUUGUAGAUGCCAUGAGGUUUCCUCUUCUAUAAUGUUUCUACAGGUUAUAAUUAGCAAUAACUUGUAGAUAAAUAUAAGAGAAGCAGACCAUGGUGGCAGUUGUCUCAAGCUUGAAUUGUCUAUUCAAUUGUGUUUUCAAUACGAAGAUAUGUGUAUAUAUGUUUGUUAUUAUUAAAAUAGAUGAUGACGAGAGUUCGUUGAACAAAUUUUGAAUGUUGUGUUUUGUAAAUGUAAACGAUUUAGUUUAUUGAUAAUAUAACAUUUUCAAGGA